AUGGAGGGAAUCAAGAAUGAGGGCAUUCGUGGUUCCCACGCAUUCUUUCUCGAGACGUCGUCGAGUAUCGCCGAGAUAAUCAACACGGACAGCAGUAAGGAGAACAGGGGAGUGGUGCGACGCGUUCAUUACGCCUGCGACGUUUGCUCGUUCCCGUGCCGGACGAAGGGAAGUUUAAAGAAACACAUGCAGCUGCACAAGAACACGUGUAAGCUCUGCAACGAGCUGUUCGUCUCGACGGAAAAGCUGGAGCUUCACAUGGUCGUGAAUCACGGCGAGCCUAAGUACACCUGCAAGCUGUGCUACUCCGUCCUCUGGAACAAGCCGGACAUGAAGAAGCACUUCCUCAUCAAUCACCUGGAUCCCUUCUGCAACACGUGCAACACCUGCAACAAGGUGUUCCAGUCGAAGUACGCGAUAGAGAGGCACAUGUACAGCCAGCACACGAAACUCUCCGUGGCGUGCACGAUCUGCAGACGCGUCUACAACAGCUUCCACGCGCUGAAGGCGCACACCAAGCUGAUUCAUCUCAAGUCCGGCUACCAGUGCGAGAUCUGCAAGCGGCGUCUCCUCUCCGCGGACUCGCUCGAGGCGCACCUACGACGGCACGAGGGCCCGCGGAACAUGGACACCUACAUCUGCACGACGUGCGGGGAGACCUUCCUCACGAAGAACAACCUGAACAAACACGUGACCAUCCACGGGGAUAUCAAUCCCUACGUCUGCCCGGUCUGUCAGAAGGCCUUCGAGAAACGGGCGAAUCAGGUGCAGCACAUCCUUACGCAUAUGAGCAACGUUUACGAGUGCGACAUAUGCGGAUUGAGAUACUCGCGAAGGGCCGCCCUGAUCUGGCACAGGAAAAUGCAUCCCGGGCCGCUCGGGAAGCUGCCGGUUAUACCCGUGAUAGGCAUCGUGAGCGAGUUCGUUAAGAAUUACAUAAACAAAACUAAAAACUUACCAAACACAUAA